AUGCUGGCAUCCCCUCCUCUCCUCUCUUCGACUCUCCCCGAGGCGCCAAGUGAGGAGGGCGACGGCAAGGGCGAUGCUGGCAAGGGCGAAGCUGGCGCACAGAACCGGCCAGCCGACAAAGGUGGGUGGAGGGAACUCCUGGAGGAGGUGAAGCGACCCCUUCGCGAGGCAUACCAGGAGUCGAUCUUGCAGCGCAAGGCCACAGCUGGUCUGGUCUUGCUGAUGGUCCUGGUUUGCGGUGUGGAGUUUAUCGGCUACUGCUGGACAGUUGCCGAGCGCCUGUCCCAUCCCUCCAUCAUCAAGAAGCAGCGGUCCGGCGACAAGGAGACCAUAGUGGAUGACUACCGCGAGGCCUACUGGUGGCUGCGUGAUCACACGCCGCAGCUCACCCGCAGUGUGUCGUCGCACCCACCUGGAGCACUGCAUGCACGAGGAACCACCCUUGCAGAUGGGAACACAUGGAACCAUGAGCACAUUGCCUUGCUGGGCUGGUGUUUGACAGGACCCGAAGAAGACUCUUACGAGGUCAUCCGGCAUUUGGCGGACUUUGUCCUCAUCUGGGGCAGUCCUGGCGGUGAUGACGUAGCGAAGUCGCCGCACAUGGCGCGAAUCGCCAACUCUGUCUUCGGCGACCUUUGCGCCGAGCCCAUGUGCAGGGCCUUCCACCUGGACCGCGAGACGAAGCGGCCGAGCGAGACCAUGAAGAGCUCCCUGCUCUGGAAGCUGCAUGCGCACGGGGAGGAGGAUGUCCAGGUGAACCCAAAUCUCUUCGAAGAAGCUUACACCAGCCAGCGGGGCCUCGUGCGGAUCUUCAAGGUGCUCAACGUGUCGGAGGAGUCCAGGUGCUGGGUCGAGGACCCGCGCAACCGGAAAUGCGAUGCACCAGGCAGCUGGCACUGCCAGGGCCGGUACCCGCCGGGCAUCCACGAAAUCCUGGCGAAGCAAAAGGCCUUUCAGCAGCUGGAGGAUUUCAAUGCCGCGAGGGAUGCGAAGGCUGAGGAGUACCAGAAGGCCAGAACCACACGGCCAGAGUACGAAGUUGUGCAUGAGGCUGAGCAGCACGUCGACGCCCCGGGCUGGUCAUCCUUGAACAGGAAGGCCUCCAAGCUGUCUGCGACGGACCUGGCACCUCCACCACCUCGACCAGGAGCACCGGAGUUGGGCCGGUCCUUGACAUCUCCAUGCAUGCUGACAGAGGAAGGAGUUCGGGAAGCCGCUCGGGCAGCCCAGAUGCAAGGAGUUGGUCUGCCUGCAUUGGUGCUAGGCACCGUGUCCUCUGCCGACUUCCCGGAAAGCGCACUCGUGGCCGCAGGACGGCAAGCGACCGAGAACAGGCAAGCCAGACCGGCUUUGACCGGUAAUGCCACAUCGGAUCGCUUCGCAGGUGACUUUAUUGUUCCAAUGACGUGCAACCAGAUGUACGGCUCGAGAUGGAAGACAGCGCUGGCUGAGAAGCCGGAGGACAGGCCUCAGCUGCUCUCCUUGAGGUGA